AUGGCCAACAGUGACAGGAACAACAUCUCUACAGUUUGCUGGCAAUACUCAGAUGAGUUUUCAGAGACAAACCUGCACUUACUUGAAAACGAAAUUCUCAGUGACAUAUCAUUCGCUGCUGGAGAGGAAAGAACGAUUGUCCAUGCCCACAAAAUGAUCCUAGCCAGCAGGAGCCCUGUUUUCUUUGCCAUGUUCUGUGGGCUACUUAAAGAAACUUCAACUGUAGUGGACAUACCUGAUAUCAAAUAUGAUGACUUUAGACUAUUUUUGAAGUAUUUAUAUACACGAUCGUGUGACACGAAUGCAAACACAGUGACGUCUUUGCUGUACUGUGCGAAAAAAUAUGAUGUCCCGUCACUGCAAAAGAUCUGCCGGGAUUUCCUCAGAAAUGCCAUUCAUGUUGUGAAUGUGUGCACCGUUCUAGAGGAGUGUUUACACUUUCAAGAAGACCAACUUAAAGAGGAGUGUAUUAGUUUUAUUUCUCAGAAUACAAUUGCCGUGCUCAAUACAAGAUCCUUUAAAAACCUUCCGACGAACACCGUUAAACUACUUCUUAAAGACGAUGCACUGAACUGCAAGGAAGUCCAUAUUUAUUCUGCAUUGAAGGCGUGGGGUGUAUGUGCUUGCAAACGAAAGGGAAAGAAUAUUCCAACAGCUGAAAAUAUACGUGACGAAAUCGGUGAUCUGAUCAAGUUGAUUCGAUUUCCAACAAUGAGUGUGGAAGAUUUUUCUAAAUAUGUUGCGAAAGACUUAGUUUUAACACCAGAGGAAAAGCUGGCUACCUAUCAAGACAUUGUUCUUGGAGAAAAGAUAUCUGGAUAUCCAAACACACCUAGACAAGAACCUACGACUCUGUAUAGGGUUAUGAGAUUCCGUUCCAUAACAACUCGGAACAGGUCCAUAGAAGUGGAACGUAAUGGCAUUGGUUUUACCGUUUCAAGAACAUGUACACUUCACGGAGCGAUGCUUUUUCGCCCAGCUGCUCCAGGAAUGGUCACUGGCAAGUUUGUUUUGAAUAAUUUAAAUAAAAAGUUAGUUGAAUCAAAUUUCUCUAUUGAAUUUGAGAUAGGAAAGACCACGCUCGACCAUUUAUUCUCCCCAAUACGAUUAGAACCCGGGAUAGAGUACUGCGUUCGGCAUAAUAGUAUACUGACUGGCAAGUGUUUAAAAACAUACUGCGGAAAAGAUCCACAACCGACUAAUGCAGAUAAAGUUCAAAUACAGUUAAAAGAUGUCCGGUUCAGAGAGGGCAUAAACAAUACAACAGUGUCUUCUGGCCAGAUCUUAGGACUGUUGAUCGGAGUGAAAAGCUAAAUCAGGCUUUAAGUACUCCAAAUUGUAUUCCUUCGUGUUCAGAUAGAGUUGGGGUCCCUGAUCAUUGAAGUUCUUGGGAUUUAACUAUUUGUCGAUUUGUUUUUUUAUUCUUAUGUUUUCUCAAGUCUCAAGUGCAUAUAUUGAUAAUACUUACCAUCUACGUUUUUACUUUAUUCAGGAUUGUUGGAUAAGAGUUAGGUUGUGCACACAAAUUAGUUUAAACCCCCAGUAAAUUUACAUUUUACUGACCGUUUUAAGGCGGGAGCCAACAGUCCAUGAUUAACACCCCUAGUUGUAUAUAUAUUAUAUAUGUGGUGUGUUGUUUGUGAAAUUGUGUGUUGGUGUUCAAUGUUUUUGGUUUUUGAUUGUUUGUUGUUGUGUUCUAUGUCAUUGGCAUUGACCCUGUGCCAUUAAACGGGGUGUAUGUUAAAAUAUUCCACCACUGGACUUGCUUCUGUUAUUUUUCAUAUUAAUGUUGAUAUUAAAGUCACAUUGCGGUUUAAACCAUAGUGUUGAUUUGUUUUUCGGAAAACAACUUUUUUGGAACCUGCUUUUGGCUUUCCAGAAAAAAA